AUGCAGGUCCUGGUCAAACCUACCAAUGAGACGAGUCGGCUCUAUUCUGCUGGGACUGAUCGCAAUGAACGGGUGUCGGAGCUAUACAAGGCAAACGAGCAACCACAGCAAGACUCGGCUUUUAAGGGGAUGCGGCAUCGAUACGCGGGAGCUGUCCAUCAGCACCAAAUCCCCGACGAAGAGCAAGGCAGCGCGCAGAGCCGAGACCCAAACCCAGUCKCUCCAGUUUUCAGUCUGCCGCCCCCUCCUCCGUCUUUCAGAGAGCGUUCAACUACCACCUCGCACUACCAGAACAACGAACUGCCUUGUCUGAGCCAACCCCCUCGGAGAGGUAUCCAUGCCUGUCMGUCGCAGCACGGCGAACCCCCACCUCUGACAAACUACGACAUCGCCCAGCGACCGUCACACCGGGUCUGUGAACCCGACGGGCAGCCAGCGCACCUGAAGCAGAACCUUUGGGCCGCAGUCGGCUCGCAGCCGCAGUCGGAACAGCCUGUUAGUCAGAGCUGCCACUGCAGUUUUUCCGAGAAGGCGAACCUUUCUCACCAGCGCCAGCCCCUCACUCACCCGCCGCAGCCCUCCCUAUCUUUGCCGCUGCCGCCAACGUCUUCCUCUUUGCUGUUUUUGCAGGAAUCUAAUCGCGGGGAACAUUUCCAAAGCAGUGCCAAUUACCAACAGGCGAGCAUCGUGGAACACUGCAGGGGAGGAGGAGGAGGCUACCGAGACCAGAAGCAGUUGUUGCAGCAACACAGUCAAAGACUCCGACACAGGGACCCCUCCCCUGAAGCAAUCCGAGCAAACUCGCAGAAAGGGCGCACUGUAAAUGUAUGUGAGUCAAUCGAGGCUAAUCGGCGAGCAUUCGAGUCCCAGGCUCAGGACCUGCAGCAGCUACAGCAACAGACACUAUUGCGAGCUCAACAACAGCUACUGGUGGGGAGCAGCUUGCCUAUCAACUACUGCGCCAACGGCUCAGGAGAGGUAUGUAGGAAUAACCAGGCAUCACUGCUGCAACAGCAUCAGCAGCAGCAAGUCGCACUGGGGCUAUGUCCCCAGCGUCCGCAGCACUGUGACCAAGACUGCAAUAAGCCGGGGCGAACGAAUCAAGCCAAUCAGUCGCAACAACAUUGCCGCGACUCCCGUGUAAACCCACCAACGCAGCCGUACGGGGGGAACUCGUCUGCGACUGGCAGUAGCAGCAAGAGCAGCCCUAACUACGGCUCCAGCUAUCACCUGUGGCCGGAGAGCCCGCAUAAGGGAGAAGAGCGGAUACUAAUCGAUCAUUAUCAGGCAACCACUGAGCAGGAGAAGCUGAGCCAUGCUGGAUCCAGCCCUGCCUCUCCGAGAGCAGCGGCCGACUCCCUCAGAUAG